AUGGCGCGGGGACAGGUGCCGGUGGUGGACGUGCAGAGCGACAACUUCACGGAGCUGUGGCCCUCCAUGGUGCUGGCGCUGCGCACCGCCACCUUCAUCGCCGUGGACACGGAGCUGAGCGGCCUGGGGACCAGGAAGGCGCUGCUGAGCCCGUGCAUCGACGAGCGCUACAAAGCCGUCUGCAACGCCGCCCGGACGCGCUCAGUCCUGUCUCUCGGCGUCGCUUGCUUCAAACAACUCACUGAGAAGUCCGAGAACACGUUCCUCUGCCAGAUCUACAACCUGACGCUGCUCUGCACGGAGGAUUACGUCGUCGAGCCGCAGUCAGUGCAGUUCCUGGUGCAGCACGGCUUUGACUUCAAUAAGCAGUACUCCCAGGGGAUCCCCUAUCACAAGGGCAACGACAAGGGCAAUGAGAGCCAGAUCCAGAGUGUUCGGACUUUUUUCCUGGAACUCAUUCGAGCAAAGAAGCCUCUCAUCCUCCAUAACGGCCUGAUUGAUCUCGUCUUCUUGUACCAGUGCUUCUAUGCUCAUCUCCCAGACAGUCUUGGCACCUUCACCUCUGAUCUCUCAGAAAUGUUCCCAGCAGGAAUAUAUGACACUAAAUAUGCUUCAGAGUUUGAGACCCGCUUUGUUGCAUCCUACUUGGAAUACGCUUACAAGAAAUGCAAGCGAGAGAACAGCAAGCUGAAGGACUCCAGCAGCCAGCACAUCUCUGUGGAGUUCUGCAACUACCCUGCCAACAUGUCACGCUACAUCGACUAUCGCCACUGCUCUCUGGAAGAAGCAAGCCACAGCGAGGGAGAGGCAAAUAAGGUGCCUGUAUGUGAGAAAUUCUCAGCCUAUGGCUGGUGUCCAAAUGGAGUGAAGUGUCCACAGUCUCAUAACAUUGACCUCAUAAUUGAUGAGGAUGAUAAGCUUUGUGAGAAAGUGAAGAAACGGAAACACAGGCGGAAGCGUCGGAAAAAUGCAGAACCUGAAAAGACAUUAGAACAGGAAAGCUCAGGGAAAGAAAUGGAGCUAAUUCAGAAUGGGGAAGAGGAACCACCACGAAAACAGAGCUGCUAUGACACUGAUGGCAGGCCACGAGAGGAGGAAAACUCCGCUGCUAUGGAACCAGAGGGCAGCUCAGACACCAGUACACAUGGUGGAAGGCAGGAAGAGGAUCUGAGGAGCACUGAAGAAACUGCUGCUGUGAGCCCUUCUGCCAAGGGAAAUGCCCAUGACAGUGACCAAGUGGAAGGGAAGUCAGAGGUCCUCGCUGGAAUGGUCUCCACCAAUCACCCAGACAUCCCUGAGACUGAAGCAGCAUGUGCUGCCAGAAAGCAAAAUGCAUCCCAGGGGCCAUGUUCACAAGUGGGAACCCACCGAGCUGGCUUUGAUGCCUUCAUGACUGGCUAUAUCAUGGCUUAUGUGUGGAUGCUUAAGAAACGAAAAAGCACAGGCACUGAUGCAGAGCCAUGGUGUCCAGACUGUCAUAACAAGCUGUACCUCAGUGGGAAAUCAGUGCCACUGCAGAUAGUGAAAAGCUCGUUUUCUAAGUCUUCCACAGCUCACAACCAGAAGAUGAAGUUGGUCUGGGCCACUGGAUAGAGCUACAAGACUCCUCACUGAACUGGGUGUUUUUCCCCCACAGUUAUUAAAGGGGAACAAGUUUCUUGUCCUCCAUUUUAACCUCUGACUAAUUAAAUUGCUCUCAGUUGGAGUUCCUUCUGGUGUUUCUUAGCUGGACUGAAAGCACGGGUAAGGUUGGAGGGGGGAAACAUGCACUUCUCCAACUGCAUGCAGGGCAGCAAGUUCUGUUGAGUGCUCUAACCUGACAGUGUUUUGAAAUAAAAAACAAAAAACAGACCAGGUUUGUAUUUCUAGAAAGACCACAUAAUAGCUGCUUUAGCAUGGGUGUCUCUUCUUGAAGGUGAUGAAUAGGGUAAUUCUUUGAUUAAACAUAAGAGGAGACAGAGGCCACAUCCUCCUCCUCCUCAUGUCUUUAUCCUUACCAUAUACAGAGCCUUACUACCUGCUGCCACUUACCCUAGUGGUUUAUGGGGACAGAUCUUUUCCAAAAUGAAAAAGGUCAAACCUGCCUUACAGAAACAUGCUUAUCAGAAGCAGGCUGUUUCUUCAGCAUAUGCUAUGAUUAACGUUCAAUCAAGUGUUAGUCUCUCAAUCAUUGCUGGUAGGGAAAUUCCUUAUGACUCUAAUUACUUCCUGUCUUUCUAAAGAACUUGAAGGGGGACAAAAGACAAAAGGGGUCUUUUGUUUGUUUUAAAAAAAGGCACUGAACAUAUCCCUCCUUGAGAGAGUUGUCCUGCCUUAUAUUUGUACUUCACCUUAAUUUUGGUUACAACUUAAGCCUUUGCUCCUGUAGUUAAAAAAGGAGAAAGAGAUGUUGGGCUAGCAGAUUCUAGUGAAGGGUAACUGCAUGCAGAACCAAGCUAUAGCAGGUCUGUAAACUUCUAACUAAGGGAGUAUCUAUGGGACGUGCACCAGGAUUUAAAAGAACCACACCUGGCUGCAUUGCUUCCUGUGCUUCCUGAAGCUAUUUUGCGGAGCUAGAACACAGCAGUCACAAUGGCAAGCUCCCUGCAGGCUGAGUGCUAUCAAAAGCAUCUUGCCUUGUUAGUCACAAGUUACUGCCUGCUGAAUGCUGUAAGGCAGAGCAGAAAAAAAGGCAUUGAGUCAUGAAUUGAACAGCCUAGCAUUUCAAUAAGAUGCAGGGGAGAAAUAAGACCAAAUAAGGGUGGCAGUUUUCCUUAUUUAUAACUCAGCACCAAGUAAUAAAGGUAUGAUCUCAAGA